AUCCAUUUUCUUCGUGGUCCAUAUAAUUCCAAAACUCAGCCCUCAGCCACUCUGAAAAUAUUCCUAAACGCACCGUUUUAUUCCAAACCAAAAUCACCAGAAUCCGUUCUUCUUCUCCGAUGGCCGAUCAGUCGAGUCUCGCGUCCAGCCCCAGCAAAGAAGGCGCCGAGAAGAACGUGCUGCAGAGACACGUGGCGUUCUUUGACAGGAACCACGACGGCGUCGUUUACCCCUGGGAGACCUUCAAAGGCUUCCGUGCCAUUGGGGCCGGUCUGCUCUUGUCCACCGUCAGUGCGGUUUUUAUUAACGUUGGGCUCAGUACAAAAACCCGACCGGGAAAAUUUCCUAAUCUCCUAUUCCCAAUUGAAAUAAAGAACAUUCAUCUUGCCAAACAUGGAAGUGAUUCUGGUGUAUAUGACACUGAGGGAAGGUUUGUUGCCUCAAAAUUUGAAGAAAUUUUCAAGAACCACGCAAAAACUUAUCCUGAUGCCUUGACAGAAGAAGAGCUUAAAGCCUUGCUUAUGGGAAAUAGAGAGCCCAAAAACUACGUGGGAUGGUUUGCUAGCUACGCCGAGUGGACAACUCUGUACAAUCUUUGCAAAGACGACAAUGGUUUGCUUCAAAAGCACACUGUGAAAGCUGUUUAUGAUGGAAGCUUAUUUGAACAUAUGGAGAAACAGAGAGAAUUGACAACAAAGAAGAAAUGAAAUGAAAGCAUUAGAUUUCAAUUCUGUUGGGGUUUGGUAAUUGGUAGAUUUAUUUAUAUUUAUUUACUUAUUUGUCAUUUUAAAUGUAUGCUAUGAUGAUGCUUUAAAUUUAUUUUCUUUUAUCUUAAUUAAAGAGGAUGUAACGAUGAAAUUGUUGUUCAAUUCAAUUGUUUCGAACUUGUUUGAAAUGCCA